GUGGUUUUCAGCACUGCACAUUGUCAGUGGACAGUUCCUAUGGAUCACACUGAUAUGAAAAUUGAUAACAGUAAGUUGAUCCGCCACAAAGGCUUCAACUUAAUCAGUGGGAUCCAUGAUCCGGAUGAAGUGGACCAGAUCUACGACUUGGAAUUAAGAGAUUCUGAUGUGUUCAGCGUUACAUAUCCUAAGUCAGGGACUAUCUGGAUGCAGCAGAUCCUCAUGCUCAUAGAAGCCAAGGGGGACAUGACUGUCAACAAACAUAGGAUGAACGGAAACGCGGUCCCCUGGAUUGAAGCCCGUGGCAAAGUAAAGGAGUUUGCCACGGAGCUUUCCCCCAGGGUGCGGACCACCCAUCUACAGCACCGCUUCAUGCCCCUUGCUCUUCGUCAGAAGAAGGGCAAGGUGAUCUAUGUGACGAGGAAUCCCAAGGACGUUCUUGUGUCGUAUUUCUAUUUCCACAAAGUCGCAACCAUGCUGGAAACACCAAAGGAUUUUAACGACUUCUUUGAAAAAUUCAUGAAAGGGGACGUGCAUGGGGGCAGCUGGUUUGAACACAUUAAGACUUGGUACUCUCAAAAGGACAAUAUGAACAUCUUUUUCAUUACUUAUGAAGAAAUGAUUCAAGACUUGCAUUCAGCAGUGGAGAGGAUCGCUGCCUUCCUUGGUAAAGACCUGACUCAGGAACAGUCAGCCAAUGUAGUUAAACACAGCACCUUCAAGAACAUGAAGCAGAUACCUGAAGCAAACUAUGAGUAUAUCUCAAGCGACCUGCUGGACCACCAGCAGGGAUCAUUCAUGAGGAAAGGCACUAUUGGUGACUGGAAGAAUCACUUCACUGUUGCUCAGAAUGAGAGAUUUGACAAGCUCUUCCAAGACGAGAUGAAGGACUUUCCUGUGCAAUUCAUCUGGGAAGUCUGCGACAUUGUAUGAUGUUGCUAGUUU